AUGAUGGCAAAUGGAGUAAAACUAUGGUGGGCUAUGGACCGGAGGACAGCCACUUCGUCGCCGAGCUAACAUACAACUACGGAAUUGGGGAUUACCACCUUGGCAAUGAUUUUCUGGGGAUGACUGUUGCCUCGAGCCAGGCUGUGAAAAAUGCCAAAAAAUUGCAGUGGCCGCUGAGGGAGACCUCAGGAGGCAUUUAUGAAUCAGAAGCCCCAGGAGGAUAUAAGUUCUUUCUGGAAGACAAAGAACAACCCCAAGAAGAUCCGGUGUUGAAGGUGACUCUGGCUGUAUCCAACCUGUCGAAAUCGGUGGAUUACUGGUCCAGAUUGCUGGGCAUGAAAGUGUAUGAGAAGGACGAAGGCAAGAAGAAAGUUUUGCUCGGUUAUGCCAAUAACCAGUGUAAACUCGAGUUGCAAAGCAUUGACCAGGAUGUGGAUCACGGCACAGCCUUCGGACGAAUCGCCUUCUCUUGUCCGAAGGAAGAGUUGCCUGCAAUCGAAGCCUUAAUGAAAAAGGAGAACCAGAAAAUUUUGACGCCUCUUGUGAGCUUGGACACACCAGGGAAAGCAACGGUGCAAGUCGUAAUUUUGGCUGAUCCUGAUGGCCACGAAAUCUGCUUCGUGGGGGACGAGGCCUUCAGGGAGCUCUCCAAGGUGGACCCGAACAGUGAGAAGCUCUUGGACGAGGCAAUGGCGGCCGAUAAGAGCCACGAGUGGUUUGCCAAACACAACCGCCCCAAGCCUUCGGCAUAACCCACCUGCGAUUCCUUUCCGAACCUGGCAAACAGGAAGUUUAAAUCCCACCUCUGCGGGAUUGCCAGAUUUUUUUUUCCUUUUUCAAGUUUCUUUUCCCCGCCUCUUCUGGGUCCUGCAGGGUUUCGCAGGGAGGGAGGGAGGGAGGGAGGGAGGGUGUGUGUGUGUGUGUGUGUGUGUGUGUGUGUGUGUGUGUCAUUGUGUGUUCCAGUUCACACAACCCUAUUACGUUUCUCGUCCCGAUAAAAAAUCAGGAGAAAUGUAAGUAGUAUUUCGGCUGGAAAAUUAUUUGCAACGGAUUACAAGGAAGAUCUCUGGACCUGCCAGCUAAAAUGGAGAUUUUGUUGUUGUUGUUUUCUCAAACCCUCAAUUUAAUUCUAGCAAACUGACAUUCCGUUCCGUUUAACGUGGCUUGAAUUUUGAGUGGGCAGACAGUGCCAGAUUUGGCCGGGAGGGUUCAGAGUUUCAAUGUGCCGUACUUUCCGCGGGGCAAGAUACCGAUUACAACUGCCGUUGUGAUUUUUUGGGGACCCACCUUUUUUCCUCUUCCCCUCCUCCUCCACCCCAAGCAUUAGUGCAUAUUCCAUCUCCCAACUCAAAGGUUUAUAAGCCACUGAGGCAGCUCAAAGAAGUCACAAGCGCUAAACCUGGUUCAGAGGCCAAUUGCGGAGGGGGAAAAAAAAACCUGGAUGUUGAGAAUUACACUGGCCUGCAGAGUCUCGAAUCAGAGACCUGUGGAAUUAAAACACAAAAAAGCUUAUACAAAGUAUUUGUAUAUAUGUCUGAUUCUUUCUUGCAGGCGGCCGAUAAAACCCACAAGUGGGUUGUCAACAGCCAUAGCGAUCGCACAGAGUUAUAUACUGCUUUAUACUGCUUUACAGCCCUCUUU